UCGCGAUGCACGGAACAAAGCGGCCUCCGGCCAAGCUCGUGUACAAGCCGCCGAGCGAGCGCGGCCUUGUGACGGCCAAGGAAGCGUCCAACAUGAACCGCUCAACGAGUGGUAUUGCUGGUGCGCUCGACACGCUUGCAGGGCGCAUGGACAUGCUCGAGAGAGAGAUCAAGGCAGAUAUGAAGGGCAAGAAAGACUACGAGGACGAGCUCUUUAAGAUCAAUACGCGCAAAGAGGACAUUAUGCGGAAGCUCGCUGAGUGCGAGCGCUGGAACGGCAUUUUCCAGAGUAAGAUAAAGCCGCUCGAGAACUCAUACCUUGCGACUACCGUCGAGAUGAGCGAAGAGUAUGACCAAGCUAAGAUCAAGCACGCGCAGGGCCUCCAAGUUCUCAUCGACAACUUCAACUACCACCCCGAAUACAAGCGCUACAACGACGACUUUUCGGCGGUGCCUUUUCGGCCCAAGUAGCAUAUUGCAAAAAAGAGACAUGCCUUCUCGGUUAGUGUUUCACCGA